AAUGACGACCGCUAAAUAUUAGUACCAGCUCGCUCUCUCCUCGGUACUCAUUCUCUUCUGGACUCUUCUAGUUCGCCCCACUGAUUCUUCUUCUCAGUUCCUCUUAUCUGCCUUCGCCGGGCGAUCGGCCAGUCCUACCUCGGUUCUGCAAGCGAUGGUGCCGGAAAUGCUCGGCCUCCUCAAGGUGAAGGUGCAGCGAGGGUUUAACCUCGCCGUACGAGACUUUUGGAGCAGCGAUCCCUACGUCAUCGUCAAGAUGGGCAAGCAGAAAUUGAAGACUCGAGUAGUAAGACGAAAUACCAAUCCUGUUUGGAACGAAGAACUGACGCUUUCUAUUGAAGAUCCUAACCUUCCAGUGAGACUGGAAGUGUUCGACAAGGACACAUUUAGCCUAGACGAUCCCAUGGGCCGCGCAGAAUUUGACAUACGCAUGCUAGUGGAGGCCGUGAAGAUGAAGUUGGAAGGUCUGCCGAAUGGCACCAUAAUCACUACGGUGACGCCCUGUAGGAAAAACUGCUUAGCCGAGGUGAGUCGUGUCUACUGGUCAGAUGGCGAAGUGUUUCAAGAUCUUAUCCUCCGACUCAGAGAUGUUGAACGUGGUGAAGUGGAGCUCAAGCUGCGCUGGGUCAGCACUCAAAGCUCCAGGGAUCUGUGAUCUCGCUUUACGUUUCUCUUACAAAAACCUCUAAUUUCGUAGCAUAGAUAAUACUAGAAAUAGAGACGCUUUGUGGCAUUUGUAGUCUAAGAACGGGCUGUGAUAUAGUUAGCAGUAUUUUGAUACACUUCAGAAAUACAACAAAAGGCAUGAACUCUACUGGAUUUUGAUUA